AAUUGUUCCACCACGCGACACGGCUUGUCUAUCACACGAUGGGCGACAACACGACACAACACAGACAACAUGACACACCACAAGAAUACAUAUGCGAUAAGGCGUCCAGGCAUUGAUCAAAUUAAAACGCAGCACGGGUCCGUCAGAUCAAUAAAUCCACACGGGAAGGGACCCACGUGCAUUGCAUGUUGGUGACACACAACACACAGUGGGUGAAUUCAUCAAAGCAACCACAUGGCAGACACGCAUGUGUGAGUGGACGUGGAUGUACCAGCGUACGGAGGGAUGGAUAUCCACACACAAAAUAUCAAGCCGCCAUGGCAGGACAGGCAUCAAAAAGUCGUCAUGAUACCGCUACGCCCCCUGCAGCGUCCUCUUGGCGAACGACUCCGCCGCAUCAAGUGCCCCCUGCACCUGGUCAGCGUUGCGACUAUUGCCUUUACACACAAGCCAACACACACAUGUUUGCUCCCAGCCAUUCAUCUGUGUGUGUUCGUCUUUGCAUCUCACGUACCGACUGCUCUUGUGUCCUGGCCGCCUCCCUUGCCGCCACACGCCCCCAGGCACUCGUUGAGCCACGUCUUGGCGCUCAUCGUGUCCUUUAGAGCGUCCGGCACCACACAGAUGGCCGAGAGCGACUUGGCGUUGGCCGUCACGACCAAAAAGGGAAGUGAGGCGUUCUCCGCCUUCAAGCUCUGCAAGAAGACACACACGUGCACAUCUGUAUAGAUGUGGGAGGGGCGGAGGGGGGUUGGAGAGGCUGACGUACGUUUGCGAGUGCGUCGAGGGCUUUGCCAUCUCCAUCCAGUUCCUUGGCCUCCAGCACCAAGAAAGGGUCCGUCGUACUCUGCCUCUGCAACACACAGCACACAGCACGUGAUAUUGAUAGGCAGGUGACCAUCCUCCCCGCCCACCGUCCUUGCCUUUGCGAGCUCGCUGCCCAUUUUCUUUGCCGUCUCGAUCAGGGCCCUUGAUUGCUUCUUGCCCGCAUUCACCUGAACCAUCACACACACACACACACACACAUGUAUGAAGACACCCGUCAUGGGGAUGCGCACAUGUGAUGUGUGUACCAGGGAUGAUUUGAGGUCGUCCAGCGUCUUGAGGCACCGCCGUUUUGAUAUGAGUGGGAGGAUCUUGCUGUCGUCGAGGUAGGCGCGGAGGGAGGUGAUGGCCUCGUCUAGUUCCUUGUCUGACAGCUUCUUGACCUCCUCGAUGCGCUGACUUGUCUCUGCCUCUUCCUAAUGGACAAACAGAGUGGGGGUAUAAUGAGUCUUGUCAUGAUGCACUGUACUGACUUUGUUGGCUUCGUCUGAUUUGCGUCCGGUGACGGCAUACAUCCGCCUGACGCCCUUGCCCAACGCCUCCUCGGACAAGACGCGGAAAUCCUACACACCCGAGGAAUGUGAUGUUGACGUGUUGACGGUUGAAGUGAUGUAUGUACUUACCUUGAUCUGUUUAGCGUUGUCGAGGUGAGUGCCCCCGCAGAACUCCACUGAGUGAUGCAGACCCAGUUCACCAGAUGGGUUCUCCGUCUGCAAAUGUGCCCCAUCGGAACACACACACGCAUGCUCGUGACGCUGUCGCCAUGGAUGCAUCUCGUGUGUGCGCGACGUACCAGCUGUUCGAUGGGUGCUCCGACCGUCACGACUCGCACUGGGUCGGGGUAUUGCUCCCCGAAGACCGCACGGAGACCGUUGAUUGCCUUUGCUGUGUUGUAUGGGACUUCUUUCUUGUAUACGGGCAGCUUCAGCGCGAUCUGCUCCUUCAUGAUCUCCUCGAUCUUCUCCAACUCCUGUGUGUUUUGAGGGACGGACGACACACACAAUGCACAGGGCAUCUGUGUGGGUGGGUGUCUGUGUAUACCUGUGUUUCGAUCGGUUUGCCCCAGUUGAAGUCAAACCGGAGUCUUGACGGCUCAACCAGCGACCCUUAACGCACACGGUGGACACAUAAGUGUGGGGGUGCUCUGGAUGUAUGUGUUUGACCCACCUGCUUGGUCGCAGUUGCUGCCGAGUACCUUCCUGAGUGCGAAGUUGAGCAGGUGGGUGGCCGUGUGGUUCUUGGCAAUGUGUGCACGCCUCGAGUAGUCCACAUGCAGCUUGAUGCUGUCGCCAACCUGCGCGGAUCCACAAAGGAUACACACAUAUGUCCGUUCGUGUCAAGGGAGGUGGGGGGUGAUGUGUGUGUGUGUGUACGUUCAUGGCGUUGCCAGACUGCAUGUGUCCGAUGUGCAUGAUGUAGUUGCCGAACUUCUGGCACUCGGUCACCACGAAGCCGCCCUCCCUGUACUGGCCGUACGAGUCGACGUUGCCCGUGUCGAAGAUCUGCCCACCUGCCAGGAAUGGCCACACACACGGUGUGUCCGAUCAGCGAACACACACUGACACUCUCUCUGCCUGUGUGUGUGUGUUGACUGACCGGCCUCUGCGUAGAAGGUCGUUUGGUCGAAGAUGAGGCCCACCGUCCUCUUUUCCUCGGUGUGCUCAAUCAUUUCCUGGUCAAUCAAACCAUCAGCCAACAAUCCUUGCCGCACACAUAUCCAUAAACUCGUGCGUCGGUCCGUAAACGUACCAGGAAUGAUUCGCCGUCCCAGAUGGCCUUGAGUGUGGCCUCGACGGGUCUGCCAAUGGCGGCGCCGUCGGUGUCCCACACGUACUUGGGCGAGUCAUCUGCCCACGCACACACACACACGAGUGUCUGAUGGGCGGUGUUCACGUCUGUCAAGCACACACCGGUCCGGUCGACAUUGAGAGUCUCCUUGAGGUAGUUGAGCUGGUCGGGCGUCAGCUCCUUCAGGCCUACACGCGCACGUCACACACGUACAGGCUAUUUGCGUAUCUAUGUAUCUGACAUACCGCCGCCGCCUUUGAAUUUGCCCGACUCCCUUGACAGCUGCUGGUGCUCCGCAAACCUGACAUACAUUCACCGCACACACCAUAGACUACAUCAGCUAUCAGCUCAUCUCACUUUCGGUCGAAUUCCUGUGUGUCGACUCUCAUGUUCUGCUCCGCGGCCAUCAGCUGUGUCAGGUCCAGAGGGAACCCAUACGUCGUGUACAGAACAAACGCACCUAACGACAUUCAGACAGUAUGACAGACAGGUGUCUGUCGACCCAGGAGAGGAGGCACGUCAACCAACACACCUGGGUCGCCUCCUGGGAACACGUUUUGGCCCCUGUUCUGGGUGGCCAGCAGAAUGCGGUCGAACUCUUUCAGGCCCUGAGCGCAUCCAUCGCAUAAGGCAAAACGGGGGUCUUCCUGUCUGGCUGGCUGAGUGUGUGGCUGGCUGUGUAUCUGUUUGCUCAGGUGGGUAGUCAUGCGUACAUUCUCGAGUGUUUUGCUGAACUGCUGCUCCUCCGACGCGAUGACGCUCCGGACAGACUCGGGAUCCUACACACACAGAUAGGCAAACGAACAAUGGGGACUUCGCGUGGAUGUCUGAGUGACAUGCACGUGCGCCGUCCCUACCUUCUUGAGUUCGGGGAAUGCGUCGCCGAGUAUGUCGACGACCGAGUCCAGCAGCUUGCUGAACCACAACUGGGCCUCUGCACACACAUUAAGAAGACACACACAUGUCGAUUUGUACUGUGUAUGUGAGUGUGGGUGUACUUGGCGCGCCGAGGAACUGCCUGCCGUACCGCACAGCACGCCGCAGAAUUCGCCGCAACACAUACCUUCAUAGACACAUGACAGACAGAUGCUAUGCGUCAGUGUGUGCAUGUGUUGGUGUGGUCAGCUGAACUGACCCUCGUCCUUCGUUGCUGGGCUGUGCGCCGUCGCUGAUUGCGACGGUGAGUGUGCGAAUGUGGUCGGCCACCACGCGAUACGCCAUGUCCACCCUGUCCGCGUCGGCGGAGCCCACCUUAACACACACACAGACAUACGUAUAGAUAUGUAAACAAGUGUGAGUACGUGCAUGUGUGCCGGUCGGUCUGUGUGUUCUGUACUGACUGUACCAGUCCUGUGUAUGGCCUCAGCCCAGGUAUGGCGCGUUGUAUGUCGGUGAAUAUCUUGGUGAACAGGUCGGUGUCGUAGUUGCUCCGCACACCCAUCAACACGGACGCCACGCGCUCGAGACCCAUGCCUGUACAUACACACAGAAUCAUGUGGGUGGGAGGGUGGGUGGGGGUGUGAAGGUGUGGCUACCUGUGUCGACGCACGGUGCGGGCAGAGGUGUGAGUGACCGGUCCUUCUCUCUGUUGAACUGCAUGAAGACCAAGUUCCAGAUCUCCAGCACGUCGGGGUCGUCCUCAUUGACCAGACUACUCGCGUCACGCCCACCUACACAUACUCACAGUAGCCACACACAUGUCGGGGAUGCUGCCGGCCUCUCUGUCCCUGUGCCCGUCUGUGUGUGUGUUCCAUCCAUAUGCGUACCGAUUCUGUCGUAGUGUAUUUCACUGCACGGUCCGCAGGGCCCCGUGUCCGCCAUCUCCCAGAAAUUGUCCUUGGCGCCAAACGCCAACACCUGAUGGAUGGAGUACAGCAUUGAUAACACAAAUGGAGGGAUGUACACGUGAUAGACGCACGGGUGUCUACUUGCGUACCCUGCUUUCCGGGAGGUACUUGAGCCACAGUCUCCUGGCCUCAUCGUCGGGCGGACAGGACGAAUCGCCCUUGAAGUAUGUAGCAUACAGCCUGUCGAUCGACCAAUCAACAUGAACAUUCGAUCUGCCCUCCUGUGUGUGGUUGGCUGGCUCGCUCGCUCGCGCACCGUUCUGGGUCUAUGCCGUAGACCUGUGUGAGGAGCUGCCAUGCCCAGUCGAUGGCCUCCUCCUUGAAGUAGUCGCCGAAGCUCCAGUUGCCCAACAUCUCAAAGAAGGUGUGGUGGUACACGUCCUUACCAACGUCCUCCAAAUCAUUGUGCUUCCCGCCUAUCACCCACCCACCCACCCACACACUCACACAGACAGUGAACGACUCACGACGCAAUUGUAUGUGUGUUUCCCUGGUGCUUCCCCUGCGUACCAGCGCGGAUGCACUUCUGCGUGUUGGCGACCCUCUUGAGUUUGGCGAAAGGCGUGUUGGCGUCGACAUUGCCGAGGAAGAUGGGCUUGAACUGGUUCAUGCCCGCGUUGAUGAACAGCAGGGAGGGGUCGUUGUGCGGCACCACAGGGGACGAGGGCCAGUUCUGGUGGCCGCACUUGUCGGUGAAGAAGUCGAUGAACGCCUGCCUCACUUGACCGCCCGUCGCCCACUUCGAUGAAGGCGGCGGCGGAUCUGUGCCGUUGAUCGCCAUGGCGCUCAAACGAUGCGCUGAUAGACGCUGAGAGAUAGCAGAUGAGUGCCGGGCGGCGCGGAGGCCUAGGGAGCGGACACGAAGCGUACGGGAAACGACGGACGAAGAUCGAAGGGGCAGAUCCUGUGAGAUCUGAUGCAGCAAUGGGUGCGCAAUGCCUCGGGAGGGGAGGGGAGGGAGAGGGAAAGGGAAAGAGGGCUUCGAGCAGCAGCGGUUUCAGG